AUGGCGACCGAUAUUGCCAGAGAGAAGGGCACAACCGAAUCACCUCUACAUUUUCAGCCAGAACACCAGAUGAAGCCGACGCGAUCGAAUAGUGUGACUAUUCGCAAUGCCCGGCUUGCCACCGAAAAGGAACACAACAUGACCCUGAUGCAGGGUGUACGACUUUACCCGAAAGCCGUGGCCUGGUCUAUGCUCAUCUCCACCUGCAUUGUCAUGGAAGGCUUUCAAGUCUGCUUGCUUCCCAACUUUUACGCAUUCCCUCAGUUCAGACAGAAGUAUGGCGAAUAUGUUCCAUCGGACGAUUCUUACCAAGUGCCUGCACCAUGGCAAGCUGGUCUCAGCAACGGUGCCAAUGUCGGUUCAAUAAUCGGUCUCAUUAUCAACGGUUGGGUUUCCGAGCGUAUUGGUUACAGAAAAACUGUCAUGGGAUGCCUUGUGCUGAUCACGGCCUUCAUCUCGAUUCUCUUUACCGCACAGAACGUUCAGACUCUGCUUGCUGGUGAGAUUUUGAUGGGUCUGCCAUGGGGUGUUUUCCAAACAUUGACGAUUUCCUAUGCUUCUGAGGUGUGCCCAGUUGCGCUUCGUGGCCACCUUACCACCUACAUCAAUUUCUGCUGGGGUAUCGGUCAAGUACUAGGUAUCGCAUCUAUCAAAGGUAUGGUCGGACGAACCGAUCAGUGGGCUUAUCGAAUUCCUUUUGGUCUACAAUGGAUCUGGCCGGUACCGUUGCUUAUUGGUGUUUUCUUUGCGCCGGAAUCUCCUUGGUGGCUCGUCCGAAAAGGUAGACUUGACGAAGCCAAGAAGUCGCUCGAGAGACUCACUAGUCGCAACCGCGAGACGAACUUUGAUGCAGACGAGACAGUCGCCAUGAUGGUCCACACCACGGCUCUAGAGAACAAGAUUACGGCUGGUGCAAGCUACUGGGACUGCUUCAAGGGUACCGAUCUACGACGAACCGAGAUCGUUUGCGCUUGCUGGGCGAUCCAGAAUCUGUCUGGCAACUCGUUCUCUGGCUACUCCACCUACUUCCUCGAACAAGCUGGUCUAGAUCCAUCGAACGCGCUGAGCUUUGCGCUUGGCCAGUACUCGAUCAAUUGUGUUGGUGUCUUCGGUGCAUGGUUUUUGAUGGCUCGAGGUAUUGGUCGACGAACUCUCUAUUUCGUUGGUCUCUGUGGUCUGUUCCUCAUGCUGCUCAUUCUUGGUUUCCUUGGUCUCGCACGAAGUUCGAACCCUGACGGCGUAUCACUGGCUGCUGGAAGCAUCAUGCUGGUGUGGGCGAUGUGCUACCAGCUUAGUGUGGGCACUGUCUGUUACUCACUUGUGGGUGAGCUACCAACCCGUCGACUGCAAAUUAAGACUAUUGUGCUUGGGCGAGCUUGCUACAACAUCAUCGGCAUCAUCUGCUCCGUUCUCACUCCCUACAUGCUGAACCCAGGAGAGUGGGACUGGUCUCUUUUCACAGGCUUUUUCUGGGCUGGCUUCUGCUUCCUCUGCAUUAUUUAUGUCUGGUUCCGUGUUCCUGAACCGACAGGCCGAACGUAUGCAGAGCUCGAUCUGCUCUUCCAGCAAGGUGUCUCGGCAAGGAACUUCAGGAAGGCCAAAGUCGAUGUGUUUGGAGAGUCGGUUGAGAGCAGUGGUGUCAUGUCACAAUAUGAGCGAAAGAUGAGUAAUGCCGCUAGCCAUGAGGAGGAUAAGGCACAAUAUCAAACCGACGUGAAGGGAGUUUGA